AUGCGAUUUGAAUAUGCACUGAGGAGACUUUUUUUUCGUCGAAAUGAAGUCCUUCCAAGUGCAGGAAAACUUUUCAUAUGGCAAUUCUGUUGGAUUAUACCUUAUUUACUGAUUGCAUUUCGAAAUUACUUACAGACAGCGAAUUAUUUGGAGCGGAAUUUAUUUCCUUUGCGCUUACUAUGUUACACGCAACAUGAGUCACUAGUUGUGCCACAUGGUGAAAAGGUUAAUUUGAAUUCAUGUUUACAACAAUUCUUUCAAUCAACUGAACAAAAAUUUAACGAGCAGAAAAAAUGCUUAUAUGAGGAACCUAUACCAAUUCUUAUCACUCCAAGAAUUUCACAUCAUCUGGGCAGAAUAAGUAUAGUGCGUAAUGCACCAUCGGCCCAUGAAUAUCGUAAUUAUAUCCGAGAAACGUGGAAAUCCGAUAUGGAGCCAGAUAUUCCUGUUAUCUUCGUCCUUGGUACUGAUGGUUAUAAUGUGAAAGAAGAAGCGGUAAUUCAUCAAGACAUCAUACAAUUUGACUUCAUCGAUUCAUAUUUUAAUCUUACACUCAAAAUAACUUUAGCAUACAAGCAUUUCUUCGGAAAAUUUCCCGAUUUACAAGAAAUUAUUAUGAUUAAUGAUGAUGCUGUCGUAAAUGCUACGGCUAUAAAAAAGAUGAAUCGUUUGAAAGGUGCAACGCUACGUGGGAAAGUAUCACGUGGCUAUCCAAGAUUAUUUUUAAGUUCGCUAUUAUGGUAUAUACCAUAUGAAAUGUAUCCGAAAUUAUGUUAUCCUCCCUUUAUACAGGGCUCAGGCCUUAUUGUAACACGUGAAGCAGCGCAACGAAUAGUGGAUGGUAUUUGUUCAUUUCCACGGUUUAAUCUCGAUGACGUCCUUAUGGGUAUUCUGGCAAGCUGUCUUAGUAUUAACAUGGAGCAUUCAGAUGGCUUUGAUGAAAAUGAUUCUAGCAAUAAUUUUAUUAUUUUUCAUUACCAGUGGUUACGAUAUUCUGUGGCACAAUUAAAUUCGUUAUAUCAGAAGACAAUUAGGCGGAAAUAA